AUGCCUGCUGCACCGUUCCUCCAGGACGGAGAGGACCCCGCGCUGCGCACCGACUCGGGAGACUUUUACGCGCCUGUGGAAACUUUGUCUGUUGGAUGAAAGCAGCUGCGCGGAGUUGUGCGCUCACGCAUGUGUGGAGAGAGGAGGACAAGUUUGUGCGGAGUCUAAGAGAAGUUUGCAGCGCAGAGAAGCCAGGUUUUCCUGCUGGAUGACGAUGCUGGAGUGAACUUUUGGAUGCGUCCCGGAGCAUGGACUGUGUCUGAGAGUCAGCCGGAGCGGGUAGAGUGACCAUGGCGCUCGCGUGCCGCUGCUUGGCUCGCUUUCAUUUGGUGCUGCUCCUGCUGUGGACCCUGUCGCGGUACACAGCAUCCAGCCAAGUGCGUCAAGAGUUUCGGGUCCUGGAGGAGCAGCCCGUGGGCACCUACGUGGGCACCAUCGAGACCCGGCCCAGCUUCACGUACCGCUUCAGCGAGAACCACAAACUUUUUUCGAUCAACGGCACCACGGGAGUCAUUUACACCUCGUCCGUGAUCGACAGGGAGCUCCUGCAGAGUGAUGUCAUCAACGUGGUGGUGCUGUCCAGCCAGCCCACCUACCCCACUGAGGUCAGAAUCCUGGUUUUGGAUAUGAACGACAACUCUCCCGUGUUUCCAGACGCUUCCAUCGUGGUGUCUUUCAAAGAGGACGCCAGCAGCGGCCGCCAGGUCAUCCUGGACACCGCCACCGACUCUGACAUCGGAUCUAACGGAGUGGACCACACCACCUACAGAAUAGUGAAGGGAAACGACCAGAGGAAGUUCCGCUUGGAUAUCACUGUCAAUCCCAGUGGAGAGGGCGCUUUCCUGCACCUGGUGUCCACGGGCGGGUUGGACAGAGAGGUUACCCCCAUCUACCAGCUUCUCAUCGAGGUGGAGGACAAGGGAGAACCCAAAAAGUUUGGCUACCUUCAAGUUAAUGUCACCAUCCAGGACAUCAACGACAACCCCCCUGUGUUUGAGCAGGACCAGUAUCAGAGCAGUGUGUUUGAGGAUGCGGCCGUGGGCUCCAGCAUCCUGCAGAUCACAGCCUCAGACCAGGACGAGGGCGCCAACGCUGAGGUCAGGUACUAUCUAGAUGAAGGGACGCCCUUCCAAAUUGACCCCAAAGCAGGGACCGUGGUCAUUAAAGAGGGUCUGGACUUUGAAAGUAAGCGUGAGUACUCACUGACCAUCCACGCGGUGGACAACGGUGUCCCCGCGCUGUCGGGCCGGACAGAAGCAACGAUCAAGCUGUUGGAUAUCAACGACAACGACCCGGUGGUCAAGUUCCGCUACUUCCCCACGACUUCUAAAUUCGCCUCAGUUGAUGAAAACGCGCAAAUUGGCACCGUGGUGGCCUUGCUGACCGUGUCGGACGCCGACUCCCCGUCAGCUAACGGGAACAUAUCGGUGGCGAUCUUGGGAGGCAAUGAGCAGAGACACUUUGAAGUGCACAAGUCCCCGGUGCCCAAUUUGAGCCUGAUCAAAGUGGCCAGUGUGUUAGACCGCGAGAGAAUUUCCUCCUACAAUCUGACCGUGUCGGUGUCUGACAACGGGAAGCCGACAGCCAGAUUCUCCUUUGCCAGUCUGGUCAUUUUCGUGAACGACAUCAAUGAUCACCCGCCGAUAUUCCAGGAAGCAGUGUACAGAGUAGAUAUCAGUGAAGACAUUCCCAAAGGCAGCUACAUAAAAGGGGUCUCUGCAACAGAUGGCGACUCUGGGCAGAAUGCCAACCUGCGCUACUCCCUGGUGUCUGGAAACACUUUGGGCUGGUUCGCCAUCAGCGAGAACAGCGGUCUGGUUACCAGCGCUGCGCUGCUGGAUAGGGAAAUAGCAUCUGAGAUCGUUCUCAACAUCAGUGCCAAAGACCAGGGGCUGCAGCCCAAGAUCUCCUACACACGGCUGGUCGUCAACAUCACGGAUGUCAACGACCAGGUGCCCACUUUCACGCACGACACCUACCACGUCUCCUUGGUGGAGCACGCGCCCGCUGGCACCGAGUUGCUGCUUCUCUCUGCUUCCGAUGACGACCUCGGUCUCAAUGGAACGGUCCGGUUCUCAUUUGACGCGGAGACACCGGCAGAUGUUCGGGAGCUGUUCCGCCUAGAUGCCGCGUCCGGGCGCUUGAGCACGGCUGUGGAGCUAGACAGAGAGGACCAGGCUGCGUACUUGCUGCACAUCCGGGCGACGGACGCCGGAAGUCCGCCGCUACAUUCACUCGGGAAAGUUAGCAUCAAUCUGAUAGAUCUCAACGACAACCGUCCAGUAUUCUAUCCCGUCCAAUAUUUUGCCAACGUUAAAGAGAACGAACCCACUGGCUCGUAUGCAACCAUCGUGUCUGCCACAGACCCAGACUUGGGUCGUAACGGUACGGUUAAAUAUGUAAUCACCGCUGGAGAUUCAAAUAAGUUCCGCAUCAACAGCAACACGGGCAAAAUUACCACGCUGCUACCGUUAGAUCGUGAGGAGAAGACCGCGUACCAGCUGCAGGUGACAGCGAUGGACGGUGGUGGGCUGCGCUCCGAAAUCCCUGCCAUCGUGACGGUGACCGUGAUCGACACUCAGGACAACCCGCCGGUGUUUAGCCAGAAACAAUACAGCUUUGUCAUGUUCGAGAACGUGGGUGUGGGGACCGCGAUAGGAACCAUCUCUGCCACCACUGUGGACUUGAACAGUAAUAUCUCGUACCUGAUCACAGCAGGAGACCACAGGGGGGUUUUCAUGGUGGACAGCAAUGGUCAGAUCACAGCAUCCAGCUCCAUAGACAGGGAGGAGCAGGCCUUUUACCACCUGAAAGUCGUGGCCAGAGCCGGUGAGAUCACCGGGGAGACUUUUGUCAACAUCACAGUGAAGGAUUUGAACGACAACGCGCCCCGUUUCAUCCACUCUGUGGAGCAUGUGAGUGCCGUGGAGAACUGGGGCACUGGUCACGUCAUCUUCCAGGCUAAAGCCUCGGACCCUGACGAGGGCACCAACGGUGCGGUGGUCUACAGCCUCAAACAAAAUCCCAAAGGCCUGUUUCACAUCCACGAGAAGCACGGACUCAUCACCCUGACCGGGCCGCUCGAGGUCACCACCAGUUCUUAUGAGAUUGAGGUAUUGGCUUCAGACAUGGGGGUCCCAAAACACACCUCCAGUCUAGUCCUCAUUGUCAGUGUGUAUGACGUCAACGACAACUCGCCUGUGUUCGACCAGCUGUCGUAUGAGGUUCUCAUCUUGGAGUCAGAGCCGGUCAACAGUCGCUUCUUUAAAGUGGCGGCCACCGAUAAAGACUCAGGGCUGAACGGCGAGAUCAUGUAUGACAUCAUUGACGGGAACACCGGUGACAUUUUUGGCAUCUUCCCUGAUGGACAGUUGUACAUAAAAGCGGAGCUGGAUCGGGAGAUUCAGGACCGGUACAACUUGCUGGUUGUGGCCACGGACAAAGCGGUGGAGCCUCUAAGCGCGACUGUUAACGUCAGUGUGGUUCUGGAUGACGUCAACGACAACCGGCCGCUCUUCAACAGCACCAACUAUGUUUUCCACUUCGCAGAGGAGCAGAAGAGAGGCUCGCUAGUCGGAAGGGUUUUCGCCGUGGACAAAGACUUUGGUCCGAACUCUGAGAUCAGAUACGCUUUUGAGACUCCUCAGCCCAACUUUGAGCUGGAUGCCAUCACGGGGGAGCUGACCAGCACUCUGAAGUUGGACCGCGAGUCACUCAUGAGACAGAGAGGUGCUGCUGUCUUUAGCUUUGUGGUGGUCUCUUCUGACCAGGGUCUCCCCAAACCCCUCAGAGACCAGGCCAAAGUGCAGGUCUACAUUCAGGACAUCAAUGACAAUGCCCCCAAGUUCACCAAAGACAUUUACCAGGCCUCUAUCUCGGAGUCCGCUCAAAACAUGACCCAGCUGCUCAGAGUCUCAGCUUCAGAUGUGGACGAGAACAAAAACGGGCUUGUUCAUUAUCGAGUCCUCGAGGGCAACGAAGAGGGGCAGUUCAUCAUCGACAGCAGCUCUGGCCAGGUCACUCUCGUUGGGAAGCUGGACUAUGAAACCACAUCCUUCUAUUCCCUGAAAAUCAUAGCUGUGGACUCUGGCUCCGUCCCCUUGUCUUCAUCGUGUCUGCUUAGCAUUAGCGUCAUGGACGAGAACGACAACUCCCCCACCUUUCCCAAGUCCUCCCUCUCAGUCGACGUCCUGGAGAACAUGAGGAUCGGGGAGCUGGUGGCUUCUGUGACGGCCACCGAUGCAGAUUCAGGUCCGAAUGCGGAUAUCACAUACAGCAUCACAGCCACGAACAACCACGGGACGUUUAGCAUCAGCCCCAACACCGGCAGCAUAUUCUUGUUUAAAAAGCUGGACUAUGAAACUCAGUCAUUUUACAAGCUCAACAUCACUGCGCGAGACAACGGAAGACCACCACGUUCCUCAUCCAUCCCGGUGGCCAUUCACGUUCGCGACUUCAAUGACAAUCCUCCUGUCUUCAUGCCCGGAGACAUUUUCAAGUCCAUCCCGGAGAAUCUGCCCAUUUCUGCCUCGGUGAUGACCAUAACGGCGCAUGACACUGACGCGGACAUCAAUGGGCAGCUGGAGUACUCCAUAGUCCAGCAGAUCCCGAGGGGAGGCCACUUCAGGAUCGACCCCAGCUCUGGUCUCAUCUACACUGACAAAGAAAUCGACCGGGAGUUUUCUAAUCUGUUUGAGCUCACCAUCAAAGCCAUGGACCAGGCAGUGCCGGUGGAAUUCCGACGCUUUGCUUUGAAGAAUGUCACAAUAUGGGUUACGGAUGUCAACGACAACAUCCCCAAGUUCGUGUCCCAGAACGCUCUGGUUGCUGAACCCAACAUCGUCAUCGGCUCCAUCCUGACCACGGUGGUGGCCUUUGACCCGGACGAAGGCGAGAAUGGCGAGGUGGAGUUCGAGCUGGUGGACGGGGACUCGGACACGUUCAUCAUGGACCGGUACAGCGGAGAUAUUCGUCUGGCCUCGCAGCUCCUUCCGUCUCGUCUCAUGUACACGCUCGCCGUGUCUGCCACUGACCACGGGAGUGAGAGGAAAAGCUCUCGGACGGAGCUGACCAUCAUCCUGCAGGGCCUGGACGGCCCCGUCUUCACCCAGCCCAAGUACAUCACCAUCCUCAAGGAGGGACAGCCGCCGGGCACCAACGUCAUCUCGCUGGACGCCGCCAGCCCUCGCGGUUCCGCCACCAAAGUGGAGUAUUUCAUUGUUGCGGUGCGCAGUGGAGGGAAAGCCGUGGGACGCCUGUUCACCAUCGGACGCCACACUGGAGUCAUACAGACGGCGGCGGAGCUGGACCGAGAGAAGGGCUCCGACUUGUACCUGGUGGACGUGUACGCCAUCGAGACGGACGCCAGCCAGCCACGGACGCAGCGUGCAGAGGUGGAGAUCACGCUGCAGGACGUCAACGACAACCCGCCCGUCUUUCCCAACGACAUCCUGGACGUCACCAUCGAGGAGAACGUCGGCGACGGCUUCAAGAUCAUGCAGCUGACGGCCACGGACGCCGACGAGGGUCCGAAUGCUCUGGUGACCUACACUAUCAUCAGUGGCGCAGACGACAGCUUCCGCAUCGACCCAGAGUCUGGCGACCUCAUGGCCACCAAGAAACUGGACCGGGAACGCCGCUCCAAAUACUCCCUGCUGGUCCGCGCCGACGACGGGAAGCAGUCCUCCGACAUGCGGCUGAACAUCACGGUCAAGGACGUCAACGACCACACGCCCAAGUUCUCACGCUCGUCCUACUCCUUCGACAUCCAGGAGGACACCACGCCAGGUUCCAUCGUGGCGGCGAUCCUCGCCAGCGACUCGGACUCCGGCGUGAAUGGCGAGGUCACCUACUCGCUGGAUGACAAUGACGAUGACGAGACCUUCCGGUUGAACCCCGUAACGGGAGUGUUUAAUGUGACCCGCCCACUGGACUACGAGACUCAGCAGUACUUCAUCGUGACAGCGAGGGCGCGGGAUGGUGGCGGUCAGGCCAGCACGGUGAGGGUCUACUUCAACAUCCUGGACGUCAACGACAACCCGCCAGUCUUCAACAACUCAGCGUACAGCGCCUCAGUGUCGGAGAGUCUCCCGCCCGGGUCCAGCAUCGUCGCGGUCGGGGCCACGGACCUCGACGACGGUCCGAACGCUCAGCUGCUCUACACGAUCUCGUCUGGAGACCCGCUGCACCACUUUGCCAUCACCAAAGACGGCGUCCUGGAGAGCACCAAGGCCCUGGACAGAGAAACACAGUCCUUCUACAACCUGGUGAUCACGGUCAAUGACAUGGCGCCACCUCCCAUGGCCCGGUUCACCAGCACUGCUCAGGUGUCCAUCAUCCUCCUGGACGUCAAUGAUUGUCCGCCGACGUUCAUCUCCCAGAAGGUGGCCUACAUCCAGGAGAACACACCCGUGGACACUGUGGUGUUCACCGCCCAGGCCACGGACGCCGAUAGUGGCCCCAACAGCUACGUGGAGUACUCGCUGAAGGGGCCGUUUGGGAAUAAGUUCAGCAUUGGGACCAUCGACGGAGACGUCCGGCUGGUGGGGGAACUGGACCGCGAAGAGCUGGGGAACUACACCCUCACGGUCGUGGCUACGGAUAAAGGAGAACCUCCGCUGUCUUCCAACAUGGACGUGACCAUGCUGGUUCUGGAUGUCAACGACAACACACCUAGCUUCUCGCAGAACAUUUAUGACAUUGAGAUCGAGGAGAGCACGUUGACCGGGACGGACAUCAUCCAGGUGUUCGCCACAGACGCAGACGAAGGCACCAACGGUCAGAUCCGCUUCUCCAUCUCAGGAGGGAACGCCGACUUCAGGAUCGACUCGGUCACCGGAGCCAUAUCGGUGGCAAAGCAGCUGGACCGGGAGACGCAGUCCUCGUAUUCCCUGGUGGUCCAAGCCGCCGACCGGGGCAGCCCCUCCAGAGUGGACCGGGCCACGGUGAACAUCGUGCUGCUGGACAUCAACGAUUGCUCGCCAGUGUUCGAGCUGUCACCUUACACCGUCCACGUUCAGGAGAACCAGGAGAACCUCCCAAAAAACAUCCUGCAGGUUGUAGCCAGGGACGACGACCAGGGCGCUAACGGGCUGCUCAGCUACAUGCUCAGCGGCGGAAAUGACGAAGGAGCGUUCAGCCUGUCGUCCAGCGGCCAGCUGAGCCUCAUCCAGACCGUCGACCGUGAAGUCCGGGACAAGUACACCCUGCUGGUGACGGCGACUGACUCAGGUAUGCCGUCGCUGAGCGGGACGGGCACGGUGACGGUGCUGGUGAAGGACGUGAACGACAACGUCCCGGUCUUCUCCUCCUCGAACUUCCACACCACCAUCAUGGAGGACGCGCCAACGGGGACGGACGUGCUGAUGGUCAACAGCUCGGACGCCGACGUGGGAGCCAACGGUGUGGUCAGUUACAGUUUGACUGGAGGACACGGCCAGUUCUCCAUCAACCCCGCCACGGGACAGAUCAUCACCAGCUCCCUGCUGGACCGCGAGGAGCGAGCCAAUUACCAGCUGCUGGUGGUGGCGACAGACGGCGGUCAGCCGCAGGGCCUGUCCAGCUCCGCCACGGUGUCCGUGACAGUCGCUGACAUCAACGACAACCCGCCACGUUUCCAUCACCAUCCCUACGUCACGCACAUACCUGCGUCCACGGCAGCUGGUUCUCUGGUGUUUGCUGUGACAGUCACGGACGAGGACUCGGGCUCCAACUCUCAGCUCCACUACUCUCUGAUGGGCCGCAACUCUGAGAAGUUCAAGAUCGACCCAGUCCGAGGCGCCAUCACUGCGAACGAGAAGCUUACAGGCAGCUCGGAGGUCACCCUCACUGUCCGAGUGAAGGACGGCGGCGCCAGCCCUAAAAUGGACACGACGACUGUGACAGUGCGCUUUGUCACCGGCGGGAACUUUCCAGUCAUCAAGCUGAAGCAACACACGUUCACGUUCCCCGAGAGUCAGCCCACCAACCAUGUGGUCACCACAGUGACCGGGUCCUCCAAGCGGGGCGGACCUCUGUCCUACUACAUCGCCAGCGGAAACCUGGACUACGCCUUUCACAUCGACCAGCUCUCGGGAGAACUGUCCAUCCGACACCCGCUGGAUUAUGAGCAAAUUCAGAAAUACGUUCUCUGGAUCGAGGCGCGGGAUCAAGGGUUCCCACCGUACUCCACUUACGAGAAGCUGGAGGUCAUCGUGCUGGACGUGAACGACAAUCAUCCCGUGUUCGACAAGGACCCGUUUCACGCCAAAAUUCUGGAGAACCUGUCACCGCAGGGUGUUGUCACCGUGUCUGCUGUGGACCUGGAUAAUGGACCUAACGGAGAGCUGGAAUAUGUGAUCGUGGACGGCAACGUGGACAACAGCUUCAACAUCAACCGGGCCACCGGUGAGAUCCGCACCACCAGGCCUCUGGACAGGGAGAAGGUGGCACAAUAUAGGCUGAAGGUCAAGGCAACAGAUCGAGGCUCGCCCCCUAAAACCUCUGCAGUUAAAGUUGAGAUCAAUGUUCUGGACGUGAACGACAAUGCCCCACGGUUCUCGAAAAUCUUCAGCGCUACUGUGGCAGAGAACGCACCUGUGGGUUACACGGUCACCAGGGUCACCACCACGGACGAGGACGCCGGCUCAAACGCCAUCAGCCGUUACUCCAUUACAGACACCAGCCUGCCUUUCAAUAUCAACCCAAGUACUGGCGACAUCACGAUCAGCAGACCUCUCAACCGCGAAGAUACUGACCACUACAUCGUCAAAGUCUCGGCUCACGACUCCGGCUGGACGGUCAGCACCGAUGUAACAAUCUUCAUCACCGAUGUCAACGACAACGCGCCCAGAUUCAGUCGGCCGUCGUACUACCUGGACUAUCCUGAACUGACGGAGGUGGGCUCUCUGGUCACGCGGGUGUCCGCCACAGAUCCGGACGAAGGGCUCAAUGGCAAAAUAUUUUACUUCAUCCGCUCGCAGUCAGAGUAUUUCAGGAUCAACUCGAGUUCUGGAGAGAUUUUUGUAAAGCAGCAACUGAAGUACCUCAACUCCACUGGAGCUGGAAGUUUGAAUAUCAACCGGCACAGCUUCAUCCUCACUGCUUCAGAUCGAGGAGUGAAGCCUCUGAUGAGUGAGACCACGGUCAUCGUGAACGUCGUAGACAGUAACGACAAUCCACCCGAGUUUGAAUUCACCGACUACUUCACGCCCGUCACCAAGAGCGUGAAGGUUGGCACCAAGUUGAUCAAGAUGGUAGCUCAUGACAAGAAAGACUUUGGGCUGAACUCCGAGGUUCAGUACGAAAUCACGGGAGGAAACAGCUCCAGUAAAUUCAAACUGGAUAAGACCAGCGGAUGGAUUACUGUCGCCUCCUCGCUCACGUCCGACGUGAACAAAGUUUUCCUUGUUGGAAUCACAGCCAGGGAUAAAGGAAACCCUCCGUUGUCGACACAAACGUCACUUCGGGUCAUCGUGACGGAGGAGAACCAUCACACGCCCGAGUUCUCUCAAAGCCAAAUCUCAGCCACAGUGCCGGAAAGCCUCGCCGUGGGGACGGCAGUAAGGACGCUGUCUGCCCGCGACAAAGACAAAGAAAUGAAUGGCCUGAUCAGAUACAACAUCACGUCAGGCAACGACCAUGGCCUGUUCUCACUCAACAGCAAAACUGGAGUUCUGGCUUUGGCUCUCCCUCUGGACUUCGAACAAGCACAGCUGCAUCAGCUUCGAGUUUCUGCCACAGAUGGCGGAUGGAUCGCCAAAAGUAGCUAUGUUACCGUCAACAUUCAGGUCACCGACGUGAACGACAACCCUCCCAUGUUUUCGCCCGACGAGUACUUCCCUGUUGUGCAGGAGAACGUUCCCAGUGGCACCACGGUGGUGAAAAUGAACGCCACAGAUCGGGAUUCCGGCCCCAACGCCGUGAUGGCGUAUGUGAUACAGUCGUCAGACAGCGACCUCUUUGUCAUCGACCCCAACACAGGGACCAUCACCACGCAGGGCUUCUUGGAUUAUGAAGCAAAGCAGGUUUACCAUCUGACUGUGAAGGCCUUCAAUGUCCCGGAGGAGGAGCAGUGCAGCUUCGCCAACGUCAACAUUCAGCUGAAGGGAGCCAACGAAUACGUUCCCCGCUUUGUCUCCAAACAGUACUACUUUGAGGUCUCUGAAGCCGCUCCAAAAGGCACGGUGGUGGGGGAAGUGUUCGCCAGUGACCGGGACCAGGGGGAAGAUGGAGUGGUCUACUACCUCAUUUUUGGAAGAAGCAGGAAAAGGGGCUUUGGCAUCAACAAGACCAGCGGCCAGAUUUAUGUCACGGGUCCUCUGGACCGCGAGAAGGAGGAGAAGAUUUCUCUCAAAGUGCUCGCCAAAAAUGCAGGAGCCAUCCGCGGGGCCGACAUUGACGAGGUAGUGGUGAACAUAACAAUCUUGGACGCCAACGAUCCCCCAGUUUUCACCCAAGAACUGUACGACGUACAGAUCAGCGAAGGCCUGGCCAUCGGCGGUCUGGUUACUUUUGUUCGAGCCGAAGAUUCCGACUCCGUCCCGAGUUGGAGCCGAUUUUCAUACUCCAUCGCCCCGGAGUCUGAUAAGAAUGUUUUCACUAUCAAUCAAAGAAGCGGCCAAGUUUCUGUUGCAGCCGAGCUGGACCGAGAAACGACUCCUGUGUACAACCUAACUGUUCUCGCUGUGGAUUCUGGCUCACCUCCCGCCACUGGAAGCUCCACUCUCAUCGUCAAUCUGGAAGAUAUUAAUGACAACGGUCCAACUUUGACAACUACGUACGCUGAGACCAUGGAGAACCAGCGGCCUGGCACCUCAGUCACCACUCUGACUGCGUCCGACCCAGAUCUACCCCCCAACCAAGGCCCAUUCCUGUACAGCCUUCUCAGCGCUGGCUCCGCUAAAAGCUACUUCACCUUGAGCCAGACCGGAGUUCUGAGCACGAGUCGAGAGAUUGACAGAGAGCAGAUCAGCGACUUCUACCUCUCGGUUCUGAUCAAAGACUCUGGCGUUCCUCAAAUGUCUUCCACGGGAACCAUUCAUGUCAGAAUCAAUGACCAGAACGACAACCCCUCCGAGCCAAGGUCCGUGGAAAUCUUUGUCCACUACUUCGGGAGCAUGUUUCAAGGUGGUUCCUUAGGAGACAUCAAACCUCAGGAUCCGGACGUCCAGGACCGGUUCCACUGCUCCCUCAUCCCGCCGUCCUCUGCCCUGUUCAGUAUUCCAACUGGAACAUGUAACCUGAACUCUAAAGCGCGCUCGACAGAUGGGGCAUUUGAACUGACCGUCCGCAGCAGCGACGGCGUCCACGGUGCCGUCAGCAACACAGCCAAAGUUCUUUUCACGGGCUUCACAAACGCCACUGUGGACAACAGCAUUCUAAUCCGACUCCAUUCUCAGGGAGUCAAAGACUUCCUUACCAAUCACUACCUCAGCUUCUUACGCAUCGCCAACUCUCAGCUGGCGGGACUGGGCACAGGAGUUCUACUCUACAGCAUGUUUGAACUCAACAACCAGACUUUCGUGAUGGCAGCUGUAAAACGGGGUCAUGGACAAUAUGUCAACCCCAGCGGGGUGGCCACAUUCUUCCAGAGUAUCAAAGACAUUUUAUAUAGACAAAGCGGGGUGCAAAUAGACGCGGUGGACCAUGAUCCAUGCACACACAACCCGUGCCAGAAUGGUGGCAGCUGCAAGAGGCGUCUCAGUGUCGGGCCUGAUAUGAAGACAGAGGAAAGUGUCCCAGUGAUCCUGGUGUCCAACCACCCCCUGCAGCCCUACGCUUGCAGCUGCAGGCCCGGCUACACGGGCGCGCUGUGCGAGACCGACAUCGACGAGUGCCUGCCCUCGCCGUGUCACAACGGGGGCACUUGCCACAACCUGGUGGGAGGCUUCUCCUGCACCUGCCCCGAUGGCUUCACUGGCAUGGCCUGCGAGAGGGACGUCAACGAGUGCCUGUCCAAUCCCUGCAAGAACGGAGCGCUGUGCCAGAACUUCCCCGGCGGCUUCAACUGCCUCUGCAACUCCGGCUUCACAGGCAAGACGUGUGAGUCCAUCAUCAAUCACUGUGAGUGUAACCCGUGCUUUAAUGGCGGGUCCUGUCAGAACCGGGUGGACGGAUAUAACUGUCAUUGUCCGUUUGGGGUGUUCGGAAAACACUGCGAGCUCAAUAGCUACGGCUUCGAGGAGCUCUCCUACAUGGAGUUUCCAUCUCUGGAUCCAAACAACAACUACAUUUACAUCAAGUUCGCCACCUUGAAGAGCAACGCCUUGCUCAUGUACAACCACGACAACCAGACCGGGGACAAGGCGGAGUUCCUGGCCCUGGAGGUCUUCGAGGGUCGGAUGCGCUUCUCCUUCAACCUGGGCAGUGGGACGUACAAGUUGAUGACCAUGAUAAAAGUGUCGGACGGGCAGUUUCACACCGUCAUCGCCAGGAGAGCCGGCAUGGCGGCGUCUCUGACGGUGGAUCUCUGCGGCGAGGACCAAGAGCCGGGAUACUGCGCCGUCAGCAACGUCGCCGUCCACACUGACUGGAUCCUGGACGUGCAGCCCAACAGACUCCUGGUCGGCGGCGUCCGCUCCAUCGAGCCCCUCCUUCACCGCCGCGGCCAAGUGGCCACCCACGACUUCGUCGGCUGCAUCAUGGAGUUCGCCGUCAACGGUCGCCCCCUGGAGCCCAGUCAGGCGCUGGCGUCGCGCGGCAUUCUUGACAGAUGCCCGAGACUGGAGGGAGCCUGCACCGCCAGCCCCUGCCGACACGGCGGGACCUGCCUGGACCACUGGUCCUGGCAGCAGUGCCAGUGUGUGGACGGCUUCACCGGCAAGUUCUGCGAGAAAUAUAUGACGGCCGACACUGCUCUGUCCCUGGACGGCACCGGACGUCUGGACUACUCCAUGAAACAAGGUCCAAAGCGUGACAUACUGCUGAGGCAGUCCUUGCUGGGCCGGGCCUCGGACCCCGCCGGGCCCAGCAGCCUGGAGAUCAAGUUCCGGACCCGCGGGAAGAGCGGGACGCUGCUGCAUGUGCAGGAGAGCAGCAACUACACCACGGUGAAGCUGAGAAACGGUAAUGUCCACUACAUCUCUGACGCCGGCGUGGGCGGGAAGGUGGAGCGGACCGUGGGCGACCUGGUCCUGUCGGACGGGCAGUGGCACACGCUGCAGCUGCAGAAGAACGCCUCGGCCACGCUCAUCCGAGUGGACGGCCGCCACAGCAGGGUCAUCCAGCACGCCACGCAGGACUUCGGGGGACUUGGCGUCUUGACCUUCUCCCUGGGAGGGAUCCCAUCCGGAUCAGCUCAGCAGAAGACAGCAGCAGGUUUCGACGGCUGCCUAGCUUAUGUGAAGUACAACGGCGAGAAUCUGCCGUUCACCGGAGAACACAGCCUGGUGACGCUAACAAAGACCAGCUCGUCCGUCAAGAUCGGCUGUCGAGGCCCCAACUUGUGUGAGAGCAGCCCAUGCUGGGACGGGCUGAUGUGUGUCAACCAGUGGUACACGUACCAGUGCGUCCCUCCCGGCGACUGCUCCUCUAAUCCAUGCCAGAACCAAGGCAGCUGUGUGCCGGACCCACACUCAGGAUUCACCUGCAUGUGCUCGGAACUCUACACCGGACAAACAUGUGAGACUCUCGUGGCCUGCCUCGGGGUCCAGUGUCCUCAAGGUACCAUCUGUAAGACCGCCAACAACGGUGGGUUUGUCUGUAGUCCAAACCCAACGGCAGAGUCGAUGGUCCUCCCAAUUUGGGCCGUGCCAGCCAUCGUCGGCAGCUGUGCUACCGUCCUCGCUCUGGUUGUGCUCAGCCUCAUCCUGUGCAACCACUGCAGGGGACGAAACAAGACCAAAGUGCCAAAGGACACCAAGGAGAAGAAACCCAAGGAGAAAAAGAAAAAGAAGAAAAAGGGGAGCGAGAACGUUGCCUUCGAUGACCCGGACAAUAUUCCGCCAUAUGGGGACGAUAUGACCGUCAGGAAACAGCCAGAAGGGAACCCCAAACCCGAUAUCAUCGAGAGGGAGAACCCAUACCUGAUAUACGAUGAAACAGAUAUUCCCCACAAUAACGAGACCGUCCCUAGCGCGCCCUGUGCCCCCUGUAACGGCCCAGAGGCCGACAUUGAGCACUACGACAUAGACAACGCCAGCAGCAUCGCCCCUUCAGAUGCUGACAUAAUUCAACAUUACAAACAGUUCCGCAGCCACACCCCAAAAUUCUCCAUCCAGAGACACAGCCCACUUGGUUUUGCCCGGCAGUCCCCUCUCCCUCUGGGAGCAACAAGCUACACCUACCAGCCACAGUACACACAAGCCCUGCGGUCCACACCCCUCAGCCACUCUCACUCCGCCUGCCCGACUCCCAACCCUUUGUCACGACACUCUCCCGCCCCGUUCACAAAACCUUCCUCCUUCUACAGGAACACCCCGACCCGAGAGCUGAACCUGGCGCGCCGUGAGGGCAGCCCACUUGACCUGCACAAUGACAUGUGUCAGCCCCCGCCGAUGUUCAACUAUGCAACCAGGCUGGGGAGGCGCAGCAAGAGCCCACAGACCAUGGCCAGUCAUGGCCACACCUCCCGCCCAAGUAGCCGCCUGAAACAGCCAAUUGAGCAGAUCCCGUUGGAGACUGGGCCGCCAGUGGGGCUGUCCAUUGAAGAAGUGGAGCGGCUGAACACGCCCCGCCCGCGGAACCCCAGCAUCUGCAGCGCGGACCACGGGCGCUCCAGCUCGGAGGAUGACUGCCGCAGGCCUCUUUCACGAGUCCGCAACCCUGCCGACGGCAUUCCUGCCCCCGAGUCCUCCUCUGAAAGUGACUCGCACGACUCCUUCACCUGCUCAGAGAUGGAGUACGACAGAGAGAAACCCGUGUCUUACAGCUCCAGGGUUCCCAAGCUCUCGCAAGUCAACGAGUCAGAUGCAGACGAUGACGACUAUGGGGCGAGACUCAAGCCCAGGCGUUACCCCAGCAGGAGGGCAGAAGGGGGCCCAGGCAUGGUCCAGAUGCCCCCCACUGACCAACACUACACCUUACCGCACAAAAUAUCCCAACAAGGCGGGAGCUUCAACUGGGACAAUCUGUUAAACUGGGGCCCAGGCUUCGGACAUUAUGUGGACGUGUUCAAGGACUUGGCCUUACUGCCUGAAAAUGCAGCAGCUAAAGACAUUGAAAUGACCAGCGGCGAUGGCUCGGUGACCAUCCUGAAUGAAGGAGAAGCGGAGCAAUAUGUAUGAGACUAUUUAUUACCACGGUGUACAAAUAUGGCGAUGUUCUCCGUCUGAAAAAAAGGAAGUGUACAUUUUGAGAGAACAUCGGACUCCUCGUGUUUUGUGACUGAAGACAACUUUCAAUGCAGUAAGGCAGCAGAAGCACCUGUAACAUGACGUAUUGAAUAGCUUAGUGGUGGAACUUUAACUGUACCUUCAUGCCUCCUUGUGUUUUUGUUCUGACUUUUAAUUUCUUCUUGUCAAACGUGUCUGCGCUUCGUCACCAGUUCUGCCUCCCCCUGCGAACCACUCGUCAUGUUUACGCCGAGUCAGCCAUGAGGAAGAAUCUUUGCUCAUCUGAUACAGGCUAAUGGAUGCUAACAAAGAUGUGUUUUAUCCCAAGCCGGAAUCAUAGAGUGGUCUUGUGUACAGUCAGCCGUAGUGCACUGCGUCGCUAUAUUACGGCUAGCAUCCAGAUUCAAAGUUUUUUUUUUCCUUUUGUCUUACAAGUAAAUUUGCUAGUGAUAUUACAACAGGAGAGCAGCAGACUCAUGAACAGCAAGUCUCAAUAGCGGCAUAGUGAAACAAGUUAAGAAUCUUUGUAGCAUCUUAAGCUAACCUGUUAAACGUCACCUAAAAAUAAAAUACUGGGAAACACAUUUUCUUUAGCGCUCUCAAAUAGAAAUGCACAGCCAGAUGCAGCCAAGGAACCACGUAGCUCACAGUUUUUCCAAGUUAAAAAGAUCAACAAGACAUGUUUUUAAAAAACAUCGUGACAUCAUGACCCUCACCUUUUGGAUAAAGGUUGGGUAUUUGAAUGUUGUGCCAGUUCGACAAUGACAAGGUCAUUUGAACAUUGUGUGUUCCUUUUCCCUGUGACAGCGCUGAAGAAAUCAUCUUGUCUGUCAAACAUCAGUUGUCAAAGUCAAGGCCCCGGGUCCAAAUCUGGCCCCCGCAUAAUUUCCUGUGGCCCUCAGAGUUGUUACUGAGGGUUUAUGUGCUCUGACUCACACGUUACAUCCUUCACGCUGAAAUUAUCCAAGUCUCACAGUAAAUCAAAACUCAAACAAAAGUCCAUCACAUGACGCCUGAACUCCGUCGUACGAGAGAAAACCGCUGAGAUUUUGAGGACUGAUCAAACUCCUCGCAGAGAGGCUCGUUUAAUUUGACUAAAAAGAAGCAUGUUUUUAUUCCGACUGCCCCUGAAGGCAUCGUGUCUUGUGUUUUCUCUGUGAACGAACGUGUGUGUUUAUUAAGUUCCCUGCCUUAUAGAUUCUGAGAUUUGCAGUAUGGGAAGUUUGUUUUCUCACCAGCCAACUUUGAUCUUGUCAAACUAAAAAAAAGAAAAAAGAAACGUGUACAUUUUUGAAUUCAUGGUGAAAUCAUGAAGUAAAUUCAUCCUCAUGUUUGUUUUUGUACGUUUUAUUAACUUAAAUCACUUAAGCUGUGUUUUUAUGGAUAUUUUCAUACGCUGAAAUGUAUGUUCUUACUUUCGGGGAAAGUAAGAUUGAAAGACUUAUUUUUUACAUUUGUUACAUAUGUAACAUCAGUAUUUUCCACUUUUGAUAAAACUAUAACAUGAUGUACGCUUUGUACCUGUAAAAAGCCAA